AUGGCAACAAACAAGAAUCAGCCUGAGCGCCGCCUGCCAGUGCAGCAGAUGUGCGUACUUGCACUAUGCCGUAUCUCAGAGCCUAUAGCAUUCACAUCGGUUUUCCCGUAUCUGCCAGAAAUGAUCGAGAGCCUGGGAGUACCAGAAGCCGAUGUAGCGAGGUGGGCAGGAAUUUGUACUUCCAUGUUUCCUCUAGCCCAGUUCUUGACUGCUGUGCAGUGGGGACGUGCUAGUGAUCGCUAUGGCAGAAAAUCAGUCAUCUUGUUCUCCUUGACUUGCACCAUGAUCACAUCCCUCCUCUGGGGCUUCUCCAGUAGCCUGGGUAUGGCCAUCACUGUACGAAUCCUUGCCGGAGCUGCCAAUGGCACGGUUGGAAUCAUUCGAACUGCUGUGGCGGAAAUGGUUCCAUGGAAAGAGCUGCAACCUCGCGCAUUCAGCGUUAUGCCAUUAGUCUGGAAUAUUGGCAGUAUCUUUGGGCCUACUCUGGGAGGUGCUCUGGCGAACCCAUACCAUGUGAAGCCUGGUCAACCUCUCUCGGACAAUCCUGCAUUUUUCGAGAGGUUUCCAUAUGCGCUGCCGAAUAUGCUUGCUGUGAUUCUGUUCGUGAUAGGCAUUGCCAUUGGAUUACUGUUCUUGGAGGAAACCCUUGCAGCGAAAAAAGACCGACGCGAUUACGGACUCGAAUUGGGACUAAGACUAAAGUACUACACAAAGCAGGCGGUAAGAAAAGUCAAAGGAAAGUUUAGUCUUACCAACAACCAAGACGAUACGGAAAGAGAGCCGCUUCUCAAACCGCAGUUCGCACCUUCCUCAGGUUCUGAUGAAGAGGCUGCCAAUACAACGCCAUCGAAACCAGCGUUUCCUCCGCCCAGCUUCCGCGAAGUACUUAAUUAUCAGACCAUCAUCAAUCUGGUUGUCUAUACUUUGCUUGCUCUUCAUAACAUUGCGUUUGAUCAACUAAUACCCAUUUUCAUGCACCAUCCUGUACAAGAUCACUCUGCCAACAAUCCUGACUUCCAGCCUCCCCUGAAGUUUGCUGGUGGUUUCGGACUCGAUUCUGGCCGCAUUGGAUUCAUCUUCACGCUCUAUGGUAUCUCUGGAAUGCUCGUUCAAUUCCUCGUCUUCCCACCGGUUGCACGAAAGUAUGGUGUAGUCAAGUGCUUGCGAGUUUGCGCUAUCUGCAUGCCAAUCAUCUACUUCUGUGUUCCUUUUGCUGCUCUAUUACCUGACAGGACUAGUCAAGAGGUGGCUAUUUUUGCGUUGAUGAUUAUCAAAGGAUGCUUCUCAACCUUCGCUUUCCCUUGUUCAACAAUUCUCUUAACAAACUCUGCCAGCAGUCUUCGUAUCCUCGGUACGCUGAACGGUAUUGCCACAAGUGUCGGUGCAAUCGGACGAGCUGUCGGACCUGCGAUUGGCGGAUCUACGUUCACUGUUGGCGUCAAGAUUGGUUAUGUCAUUCUGCCAUGGUGGACACUGUCCUUGAUCGCAACACUUGCAGCCAUCCCUUCUUUCUGGGUCGUCGAAGGCGAAGGUUUUGGCGGCGAUGCAGACAACGUGGAAGACGACGAAGACAAUAUCACCCAGGAAACCGAACAAGAAGCAGAAUAUGGCAAUCCUGGUCCUCUGCUCAGCCGUACCGACUCUAUAACUUCGGACGCCAUUUCUGAAGACGAGCGCGAGUACGAUUCUGACGAUACCGCUCGUGAUAUUGCGAGACCUCCACAAAUCAGCAAUAGACGCGCAUCGGGUAGUCAAAGCCUGUCGCGUCGUUCUUCGAGGAAGAUGUCUGCUCCUAUCGGUAUGGAAAACCGUACAAUCUCGAGAAAAUAUAGCAGCAAUCUUGGACAGAGCUUCGGCAGCGCUGGCAGCUACGUUCCCUAA